UGGAUAUGUUAAUUGCUGAAAAUGAUGGUCUUAGGGUUCUACAGCAGGACAUUGAAGAGGAAGUUCGGAUUCAGGAUGCUGUGAACCUCGCACUGCAAGACGAAAUCAGGGAGCUACGGGUGCUGCUUGCCCAGGAUGCUCAGCAACCGCUGCAGCAGCUGCUGGAGCCGGAGCCAGAGCUGGCGCCAGAGCCAAUGGAUACUAUGGAUCCAGAACCUGAGCAGGAGCUGAUCAGAAACACUGGCUGCAGCUCUCAGCCAUCGACGAGUGGAAGAAUUGGGGUGGAUGAGAAUACUAGUCCACCAGAAGCAACAGGGGCAUGAGGAAAUUAAUAGAUGAGCCUCUGGUGCAUUGUGGUGGCCAUUAAUUAGGAUA